AUGAUGUAUAUUGGAGAGUUGGCAUUUCAUUCGUCAGGAAUUACUUCUGUGACAACUCCAAAGACAAUCACAUUACUUGGUACACAGAUUUUUGACAGCUGCUUGAAGUUGACAUCUGUUGACUUAAACGGUCUCACUCAAUUAACAACAAAAAUAUUUAGCGGUUGUACUGCUCUUAAAACAAUAAGUGGAUUUGAUGGUGUUGAAACAAUUGACGCAGCUGCGUUGACUGGAAUCACUAUUCCUUCAAUACAUUUGUAUCCAUCUUUAGUAACUUUAAAUGAUGAUUUAUCAUCAUUUACAAACAUCUUUUUCCAUGGAGAUGCCCAGCCAAAAACAGUGACCACUUCAUUAAAUACUGGCCUUAAAAUUUAUGUAAAAGAGUCCUUUACGGGCACUUUUGGAAUUGUAGAUGUCAUGAAAGCGCGAUGUGACUCUUCACAUGCGAUUGUUCUUGAAAUAAUAACCGAUGAAAUUGUAAAUGGGGACGACUGCAGACCAUGUGAAACUGGAAGUAACAGUGGUGAUGGUGUCACUGAUAUUUGUGAACAAAAUUCUGGUGGAGAUACGCCAACUACAUGUUCUGUAGCCAAUUGUCAAACUUGUGAUAUAGAUUUUACAACAUUGUGCGACACUUGUAAUGGCACAAACAAACUUUCUGUCGACAAAACAACAUGUUCAGCUAAUUGUUCAUCUGGUGAAUAUGAAAUGAAUUCGACAACGUGUGUUGCUUGUUCAGUUUCGAUGUGUGCAACAUGCACAAAGGAAACAGCAGCAACAAAAUGCGACUCAUGCAAAAACAGUUUGAAACUUUCAAGUGACAAAACAGCGUGUGGUACAACAUGUCCAAACGGUGAAAUAGACAACAAUGGAAUUUGUUCAAAGUGUUCAGUCAAAAAUUGUAUAACAUGCACAACAGACCCAACAACCAAAUGUGACUCGUGUAAUACUGGAUACAACCUUUAUUAUAAUAAAACAAAGUGUGGGACUAAAUGUCCGGAUGGUGAAUACUCGGGGACAACAAACAUAUGCAAUAAAUGCACGGUAUCUAACUGUAAAACAUGUGAUACAAAUAAUACAAAAUGUGACACAUGUAUAGACAAUAAUAAACUGUCUGCUGACAAGACAAAGUGUUCAACAUCUUGUGCAGCCGGAGAAUAUGAGAAUGGAAACAACAUGUGCACCACUUGUGGUGUUGCCAAUUGUGGUUCGUGCACUUCAUCUGAACCCAAUAAAUGCAUUUCAUGUACGGGUACGAACAAAUUGUCAGUUGAUAAAACGAAGUGUAGUUCAACAUGUCCAAGUGGUCAAACAUUUAUUAAUAAUAACACUUGUAUUUCAUGUUCAGUGAGUUUGUGUUCAGUUUGUGACGCUGAUUCUACUAAAUGUGAAAAGUGUAGUGCUACCAAUGUUGUUCAAAUAGAUCAACUUGCUUGCAUUGAAAAAUGCCCAAACGGAGAGUAUGCAAAAGGUAAUAAUAAACAGUGCACAAAAUGUACAACAAUGAAUUGUGCUACUUGUGAUACUUAUGAUACUUAUGAUGUUUGUACUUCAUGUACUUCACCUUAUGUAUUAAAUACAACUACUAAAUUAUGUAAUCCACCCCAAAGUGACUGUGGAGAUGGCAAGUUUGGGAUGACUCCAAACUGUGAAAACUGUGGUGUUGAGAAUUGCAAGAUGUGUGUGGACAAAACCAGUUGUAAUAAAUGCUUAAACGGGUUUGAUAUUUAUUUUGAGAAUAAAUGUUUGCAGAAGUGCCCAAGUGGAUAUUUCAAAAGCCAAACAAUAUGUGAGAAGUGCAAAGAAACUUAUGAUACACCAUGCACUGAUAAAGAGUGUAGAAUUUGUACCAUUGAUAACAACAAAGAUGCUGCGGUCCAAGUGGCAAUUGAAGUGGUGAUGUUCAUGUUGUUUAUCAUUAUGAUAUAA